GCCCCAAAUGAUGUCUUGCUGUCUUCUCACACUUGAAAAGCUGGCGCACAUAUUGUGACCAACCUCACAGUGGUGAUGUGUCAGUUUCAGCAAGGUUUCAUAAUUCAUGGUCUCCAAGAUUGUGGCCCAUUGUCGAAGGACGGUGUUUGGGUGUUACCAGAGACAAAUAUGCUGAAGCCUUCCAAUGAUUCUGUCUUGGUCAGUUCCAAUGAACCAAGCUCUACAAGUUCCAGUGUGAGUGAACGAAUGUCUUCCCCAAAUUCCAGUGUGGACAAUUCCAGCAUUGUAUAUACCAACACUACUUGUGAAAUCCAGGAUCAAUUUCUAUCCCUGGUGCUACCUGCAAGCUACUCUGUUAUCUUUAUCAUUGGACUCCUCAGUAACACAGUUGCUCUCUGUGUAUUUUUCUUCAGCAAAAAGACCAAUUCUUCCAUUUCUGUCUACAUGAAGAAUUUGGCCAUAGCAGACUUCCUUCUCGUUCUCUGUCUGCCCUGUAGGAUUUACUACCAUAACAGACAUGGACCCUAUCUCUUGUGCAAAACUGUCGGCGUUUUCUUCUACAUCAACAUGUACGCCAGCAUCCUGUUUCUAAGUCUGAUCAGCAUGGACCGCUACUUGAAAAUCAUCAAGCCUGUUUGGGUCUACAAAAUCCAAAAAGUUGAAUGGAGCCAGAGAACCACACGAGCCAUGUGGAUCAUCCUUGUUUGUGGCAUGCUCCCGUUCUUCUUUGAAAACAAGGGAACCCAGCCUUGUGAUGAUGUGUGCUUCCACUUCCACAAAAAGAGCCUGGUAGGGGGCAUAAUCAACCUCAUCGUAGUGGGCUUUUUUUACUUUCUGUCUUUAAUUUUCCUUGGCUUCUAUGGGAAGAUAGCCAUGAAGCUUAAGAAAAUGUUCCUCGGCAACGCUCCACAAAAGGCCAAGAGUCGGAAAACCAGCGCCAUUAUAAAAACAUUCCUUGUCCCCGUCAUCUUCACCCUAUGUUUCAUGCCAUAUCAUGUUGUAAGGGUGCCUUAUGUGCUUUCCCAGAUGAACAUCAUCCAGGAACUUAACUCAAAGCAGACCUUGCACAUUCUUAACGAACUUGUCCUCUGCCUCUCCGCUCUCAACAGCUGUUUGGAUCCCAUUAUUUACUUCUUCCUCUCCUGCACAUUUAGAAAAACCAUACUCUGUGCAAUUCAAGGCAAAUUUAAGAAUAUUUAUGCUGUAAGCCAAAGAGGGACAAGUAUUAUGAAGUCUGUGACCGAAAUCUAAAUCACAAAGGAGAUUAAAUCUCUGGAUCCUCGUGGAGGCUGACAGACACGGACAUUUUCUACCCAUGCUUGAUCAAAUUCUCAUCAUCAUAUUCAUUUCAGUGAAUGGAAAAAAAAUCAUCGAAUCAAUGGUCUGAAAUUCGAUUCAAGUUUUCAUUUGUUUCAUAAUGCAAACUCAAGAGUAAGCAAAAUAGGUAAAAACACACAAAAAACUUUUUUAAUGCCAAAUUGUAUGCACAUUUAACAGAAGGAAAAAAUAAGCAAAAUUGAAAAUUGCAUUGCUUGAUUUGGAAUACUGUAACAGUAGACACUUUAGAAAGAUUUGUGUGCACACUUUAUAAUAUUACAUGUUACAUAAUGUUAUUUUGUUUCAUGCAUGCUAAAUGUUGCUUUGGAAGAAUGUGUGUGUUAUCCAGCUUUUAGUUACAAGUUGAUCAUUUUGUGGUUGGUUUCACUGAAAUGAAAGAAAUGUUUGCAACGGAAGUCUAUAUGCGACCUCUGUGGGUUUUUUUAAGGUUGCAGAACAUGGCCAUUAUUGUCUUUCUUAGAAACAUUUGUCUAAGUGGUGAAAAUCUAUACAUUCUGUUUUUGUGUAAAACUUGACCUUUGCUGAGUGAUUUUUGAGCAUGAUCCAUGGUAGACUGGGUGUUUUGAGUGACUAAUGGCUUUUCUUGUAGAGGGCUUAUUACUCACUGUUGGAGGCAUUUGUUGUAAUUUCACAAAACCUUUGUAAACACCAUAACUAGUUACUCAGAGAGUAACCUUAAUAAUCAGUCAUUUCCAUGAGCUUUACCCUUUAGUGCUAACCACAUUCUGUGUUGUUUCCCAUUUUGAAAGCCUAGGGAAGAACAAAAUACAAAGAAUUACGAAUGACUAAAAAAUGUUCUGUAGAAGCCGUACUUUGUAUUAUUGGUGUAAAUAACAUCUGUAAAUAAAAUGUAAAUUAUUAAUUUAUUGUAUCCAUGGCAGUUCUUGUAGAAGUUCAGAAAA